UAAUUACUCAGCCGACAUUUCAGUUUUUCCCUCCUCCUUUUUAUUUUUUACAUUUGUCCCCCAUCUCUCUCCUCCCACCUUGCUCCUUCCAGGCAUUUUUCCUCUGGGGAUGAUGGGAGAUGCAGCUGGAUAUAACUCCCCACUCAUCAUCACACACACACACGCAGAUGCACACACACUCUCGCUCUCCUCUCUCUCUCCGUCUAUCUGGCACUGAGCAGAAGUAAACAGAGGAGGAGAUCUCAUUUGGUUCCUGAACUGUUGCAGCGCUCAGUGCAGCCACCACACACUCACUUAAUUUCUCUCACACACACACUCCCUCACACACACACACGCACACACACACACACACACUCGCAGACAUGCACACACAUGAACACACACAGCACACAAAGGGAUAUUGGCAGCAGGAGAUCCUGACAGUCCAGGACCGGACUCACACCUGCCAGCUCUGACUGAGCAGCUUUUACUGAAGAAGAAGAAGAAAAAGAAGAGGGGGAAAAAAUACAAAAAGGGUAAAGAGAGUGAAGAGGGUAAGAGGAGGUGGGUUCGUGGUUUGUUGAAUCCACCAGAUCGAGUCCACAGCUGACGAUGGAGAACACAUGAGGAGGAGUGACAACUGCGGGGACACUCGGUGGGAAAAAUUCUGCUGGGUAAAGUUUGUGGAUAUUUCUAAAGGGAUUUUUAUUUGUUUUUGUCCUUGAACUUUGGAGAGAAAUUGCAGAAGAUCGACUGCGUGCAGACAGCAAAAAAAAACAGGGAAAAGCCUGCAGGUGGGACAUUGGAUUAAAGGGCUCUCCAGAAGCAUGGCGACCACCAACCCUUCCUCCUGCCAUCUUCUCCUCUUCUUCCUCCUCUCCUUCCUGACUUUCCAGCCAGCCCUCACUCAGGAACCAUCCGUCACCACGGUGGCAGUAACCGAGGGCGACCCAUUUAUCGCCCCCACCACGCUGGCCAACCAGACGACCGGCAGCUAUGUGGAGACCACUCAGAACACUCCUCCAGAGACGGGGCUCUCAACGCCCACCAGCGGUGGAGAUGCCGACGACGAGGACGUCCCUCCGGUUGGCGGGACGCGUUGCCAGGGUUACUACGAUGUAAUGGGCCAAUGGGACCCACCGUUCAACUGCAACGCCGGCGUCUUUCUGUACUGCUGCGGUACCUGCUUCUACCGCUUCUGCUGCCAGUUCCGUCAGCAGCGACUGGACCAGAACAUCUGCUCCAACUACGAUAGCCCCAUCUGGGCCAACACCGGCAAGCCAGUGGCCACCAUCACCGAGGGCCAGGGGGACCAGGACCGGGACCGAACACACCUCAUCGUCUACAUCAUCUGUGGCGUGGUGGCCAUCAUGGUGCUGGUGGGCAUCUUCACCAAACUGGGCCUGGAGAAGAGCCGCGGAGGAAGUGGAGGAGGGACAGGGGCUGCUCAGGCUGACCUCAACUCCAGGACUCUUACAGACCUGCUGAAGCAGCAGGGGGGUGAGGUGAGCUCAGUGGAAAGUGCUACGGCCUGUUCGCCCAGCGGAGGAAGAGCCAAUGGCGUCUCAGCCAGGAUGCUACGUAGCAGGAGUGAACAGUACCAUCUGAAUAACUCAGCUUACGGGCCAUUUGGACAAGGGCUUCCACACCCACACAGCAACCACAGCAUAGUGGGACUGAACAAAUAUACCUCCCUCAAAGCUGUGGCGGACAGUGCGUCUCGUAGCUACUACAAGAGCUUCCCACUCAUGGACUUCUCCCAUUACCAGCCUGUAGCGCCUCCUGCCUUCCAGCCCAUACAUCCCAAAGAGAAGUCGUACAUCCACCAGCCCCUGCCAGCACACCACGACAUCCACGCCCCCCUCACUAUCUCCAUCUCCUCCAGUCACCUCGAGCACUCGCGUCUCCCCAAGACCACCACCCACCCGUUGCUCUCCAGCUCAGCCUUCAAAGCAUGGGAACCGACUGGCCGCCAUGUCCACCGGCAGACCUCGGCACCGGGACACACGUCCUCUUCUAUGCACAGCUCUGCCCGGAGACACGCCUACUCAGCCCGGAGGCAGCAGAGCAUAGAGAACAUGCCAGAUCUCUUUAAUCAGCCCUACGGAGGGAUGUACGGGGGAGUAGGGCAGGGACAGCAUAUGCAGGUACAACAUGCAGCUCAACCCUAUUACCACCACACCAGACAGAAGAGCUACUCUACGCACAGUACGACUGAGGUGACUGUCUGAGCGUCACGCCUCAGAGAGCAGCCUGCCACUAUCCUAAACACAACAACGAAAAGCUUUGGUGUUAACCACUUGCCAGAGUUUGGGACAGCUCGCCCAAUAUGUGAGGGAUUAAACGAGGAGACUCAUUCAGAUGAAAGGGGGUGUUUUCAUAAGUGGAAACAGUGAGAUUCAGGAGCAGAACCACCUCUUCUACAGCUAGUAAAGGUUAUUGUUAGUCUGCAGGAAAAGGUCUCAUACAUAAAGUCUUUAGACUCUUCCAAAAGGAUAUCUUACAACCACUCUCAGGCUCCUACAGGUUGCACAGUCUUCACAGAUUCCCAACCUCUACAGUUUUGCCAUUGCUGUGUGGUUUUACAGGCUUUAUAUUACUUUACACCAACUCUUACAGCAGGGAGCUUCAUUUCGUCUCUGAUCACGUUUUACAUGUUGGCAGGAAUAAACAGUGAGUUUGUGUUAGCCUAGUAAUUCUGGAUAAGAGUAGAUACGGCAGAUGAUCAGUGCAUUGUGGCUGUAAAGUCACAACCAGUCUCAUGGGCAGGUUGGGUUGUUAAAAACAUUACACAGUGAGCCUGAGACUGACAAAAACUGGAGCCAGCUGGCCCUACUUUCUAACACUGUCGGUCCAAAGAGACGUUCAGUGUAAGCAUGCAGCUAUUUUGAUGUAAAUGUAGUUUGUAGCCUUUUCUGUGGUUCACCUACAGGAGUUACACCUCAGGAACCUUUCACUUAAAUUUCGUGGAACACUAGAAAUCUUUCAUAUUUAGUGGGACCCAUGUCCUUCUACACCAAUCCACUGCUCCCUCUAGUUUAAAAGUAUAGCUCAACAUUUAGGGAGAUGUGAUCGUUCUUUUUUGCUGUAAGUUGGAUGAGGAGAUUGACACCGCUCUCAUAUCUGCUCGUUAAAUAUGAAGCAUCCAAAAACAGUAAAUUAGCCUAGCAGUACUAACAAAAGGCAGUUUUUCAGAAACAUUUAUGGGAACGGCCCUCUAAUCAGCCCUUUUCAGCUUUCUGGUUCCAUUGCAGUGUAGGAUGCAUUUGACUCAUAAGGCGGCAGUAUAAUUUUGUGACAUCUUUAACUGUGGUGCCAAUUCCUGAGUGCACCAACAAAUAGUAGUCACAAGAUGUAGCUCCAAUUAUAUGAGCACCGAAUAAAACAAUGGAAACAGUCGGAAUGGUUCCUGCUCAUUGUGUUAGCCCGAAUGGCAAAUUUUACAUCGUUGAUGAUGAUGUUAAAGAGGAGAAGACUGCUACUGGAAGAGGAGGCAGAAAGGAGUUCAACCAGCCACCUCAGCUCAGCAGUUUCUUUUAGAGUGACUCAUCAGUACCCAUAUUUGAGAAAGUAAUUUUUCUUCCCCUGAAAGAGGUCCAACAGUGGUGGUUUGGUGGCAAAUAUACACACAAAGGCACAGGCCUUCAGUUGACAACAGCCAGCCGUCUUGUCAUGAUGAUAAUUUUUACAUCUCAGUUUUGUAUGGAUUAAAUAAAUCAGAUAUUACUUGUUGAUUGUUGAGCUUUAAAGGACUUGGUUGAUGGAUUUUGUUCCCUUUGACCUAAGCUAAGCUAGCUGUUUCUCAAGUUUUGUCUUUUGCUUAGUCAUCCUGCUACUAGCAAUAGCUUUGUACUUUGAGUGUCAUCAGUCUUCUCAUCUGUCUGUUUGAAAUAUUGUCACUGUAACAAGGACAUGCACACUAUCAAGCUAAUUAUUGUAGAAAGUUAACAGAAAUGGAAAAGUUAAUAUAUUACCAUGAUAAAUACUGGACUACUGAUUUGAUCAUGACUGGAUUUUUGGCACAAACAUGAAAUCAAAAUACUUUCAUUAAAAGACUUUGCAGUUGUGGUUUAGAAGUUUCACAACUCCAGUGGAUCUGAAAUUUGGCAGACAAAAUCUGAGUAUAAGGUCAAAAGUUAUUGUUUUUUAGUUGGUAAAUGACUUGUCUGAGGACAAUGUGUAGUAUCAGGGCAAUACAAAUACAAAUUAGGCUACUUAAGCUUAAACACUGUAUUAUAGUUUCUGCAUAUGCUCUGAUUCACGUCGGAGGAACUGUGACAUCGGCCCAAGUCUGUGGAUAGCUCUGCAGCCCAAAAUCUGUGUUCACGGUUACACUUGCAAGGACAGUAGUUCAUAUGCCCUGUAGCAGUAUGUAUACAUGGAGUAUGUAGAUAUGAAUUGUACAGAACAGAGUCCUUCAAGCAGACUGCAAAGUAGUAAAACAACAACUACAUAUCCACAGCUGUUCAUGUCAGUAUCUGCGCAGGAGUAUAAUACAAUAUGGCGUGUAGGGUGAUAAUCCAGUUAGAGCUAACUAACUGAUGAUAUCAGAAUAUGAGAUGUUUAUUUUUAAAGUUCAUUUAGAUACAUUGGACAUUUCCCAUUGUAAUCUGUAUAUCACAUACCAUUUAUUACUCAUAAACCAGUAAUAGUUCAGGUCAUCUCAAGGCCCCAGAAGCCUUUUUGUGCAUUACUUCGUCAAGUUCCCUCCUGUUCUUCUUGUAAAAACACCUCUACUACAUUGCAUCUCUCAGUCUACCUCCAUGCACAGCUGUUCUCUCCUCGUUCUUUUCUCUCCCACCAGUUUUUCACAAUGAAGCGCUUUGCAUUCUUUGCCAUCAGGCCAAGCAUACAGGGACAGCAUCCCUGGGGUCACAUUAACUCCAUGGUGAGGACAAUGCCACCAUCACGUCAGCUCCCAUCAGCCUCCAUCCCGACCAGAGAGAGGCAGAGGGGGGGACAAAGAGGGACAGAGAGCCAGAGGCUGGGACUCUUUAGAAAAGGAGAGAAAGGGAGGAGAGAGAAGAGAAAAAUAGAAAAAACAAACAUACAUGCUGUGUGUUUUCCUUCCUUGAGGGAAGAAAGGGGAGGGAGUCAGUGUGAAUCUGGGUCUCACAGUAUUGAACUGUCUGGGUCAUAAUAACUUAGAGUAUGUGGAUGCCUGUAUGCAAUUUCUAACCCACAGGCCACAUUGCAGGGGAAUUCACUGAGGCAUUUCUAGGCCUGCAGCAUUCAACAUUUCUCAUUUCAUCUCUGAAGCCUGGACAACAGAGGACACUGUGCAGAGCUGUUAGGAGCAGCAACAGUUGAUGCCUCCACUGAACUUGUUGGUUUAUGGAUGAAACACCCUCAGGAACUGCACAAUGAAGUGAACUGUUAACAGUGGGUGCACAUUUGUCUGGAAGUGCUUCCAUAAGGUUCUGUUAUAAUGCUUGUACUGAAAAAGUUGAUGGGAAGUUAUGUUUCGUAUUCUGUUAAGUAUGAAGUGCUUUUGUAGCAACUGAAUUAAGUGUCAAGUUAAAAGAUCAGUGUAAGUCAAACUGAGCCUAAAGGACACAUGUUGUAAUAGACAAAUCACACAUAAGGACCGAACGAACACCAAACGCAGAUAAACAGGCUGUCUCUUUGUCUCCAACAACACCAAAAAUCAAAAAUUUAAUUCUGGUGUCUCGUUUAGAUUUGUUUCCACUCACAUUGACAGAUGAUGUAACUUUCCCAGCAGCAAGUUUUCCUCUCCAGAAAAGGUUAGCCGACACUAACAACUGGUCAGCUCUACUAUUUUACAGCCUCCCUCUCUCAUAUAUAAACAGUGUUGUAAGCUUAAACUUUAGCAUUCCAUGCUGUUGUCCAAAAUGGGUCUGAAAUCUUAAAUGCCCUGCUCUCCUGUGAGACAACAGCUGAAGUAUGAGCUCUAGGUUAGGAUCAUUUUAUAUCUUUAAUAUGCAGCAGUACAUUAUCUAAAAACAUGAGAACAUUGUAAAGUCAGCAUUCUCCUGGAAGCAGGAUGUGUUACCAAGUAAAUCUGGAAAUGUGGUCACUACACCUCUGUAAAUCUGCAGAAACAAGAAGCAAUCGACCAAACACCUGUCAACAUCUUGCUAAAUUGGUUAAUUUGUUAUUUAUACUUCCAGAAGAUACAGAGUUACAUUCAUACAGAGCCAUGUUUGGCCACCAAAAGAAUUGAAGUUCAUAAUUCACAUUCUCCUUUUACCCGUCUUGUUCCUAAAGGAAAUAUCUGAUUCUUUAGCUACUAAAUACUCCACUAUGUUCCCAGGAUAGUCUGUUUGAUGCUACACUGUGAAUUUUUGGAGCUUUCCACUAAAGCCAGCUGCCUUUUAUAACCAACUGAAAGGCAUUAAAAUGUUCCUUGAGCAUUGUGAUUUCAUCAUUGCAAACAUGUCUGAUGUUACACUAGCCCUUUGUUCAAUUUUGAUUAUAAGAAAUAUUGAUUAUAGCAGUAGUAGAAUGAAAAGAAAUUCUGAUUCCUUCAUAAAGGCAUCACUGCAGCAGCUUUAGUGCUUUUAUGUAAUAGUUUUAAGCACCUAAUAAAGAUUAAUGCUUUGAUUUCACACAUGAGCCAGUGAUGUCAAGAUCUAAAAAAACAGCUACAUUAGGAAAAUAAACUCUUUACGUAACCCUGACUAGCACAAAUAUAAUCUUAAAAUACCUGCUUUUGCACUUUCACUUUCCUAUUCCCAAAAUCUCAAACUUUUCAUUGUUUCUAACUACAGAAGCAAUUGUACGGUUUUAUUCAAACCAGAUAUAAAAUACAACACAACUACAAGCAAGUUUGGUUCAAACUAAGUGAAUGUGACCUUUCCACAGAGGGAGACUUGUCACUCAGAUACCUAUAAUAGGACUCACACAUAAAUGCUUCAGACUUUUACAGUGCUUUCAUUGCUUCUACAUUGCUAAACUGAAUUGUGGGUCAAUUGUUUUGCUUGUAGUGGAAAGUUGACGAAAAUUCAACAUUUAGUUUCACGGGGCAAUGCAGGAUCCAGCCAAUCAAAUCAAAUUUAAGCUAUGACAAUCACACCAGCAAAGAAAUCCCCCAAAUGUCACACCCACGACAAAGCAUUAAAGCAACACAACAGAGUCCAGAGUCCUACUAAAUGAUAUGUGUCUGCGGGGGCGUUUUCGGGAAUAAGAAGAAGCUGUGUCAGGAUAGAAGAUUGACAGUUGUUCUUUAACAGAAAGCCAAUGGGUUAUAACUUCCAUGUAGACACUGGCAGCAUCUGAUUGGACAAACACUGUCACACCUGGACUGUCUGCCCACAGAUUUCAAACUAACAUGGUGGCUCAUUUGGACACUUUCUCUAAUAUUACAGAAAUACUUCAACAGUAAGUGUUUGUGACAACAUUUGACAUGAGAAGCAAACCAUGAGGUUGCUAUUUUUGUCUUCACUUUUGGUCAACAAUGAUUAGUUUGAAAGUUUUUCAGGAGUUUCCAGAGACAUGAAGUCACACUGGACACAACUGAUUUGCAUAAAGUAGCCAAGACCUCAACUUUAUGCAAAUACAGAACAAUCAAUGUGACACCUCAUCUCUCAAAAUACACUGACAGUCAUUAAAAACUUUGAGAGCAUUUUUUUCAACAUAAUUUUUAUUUUGAAGCCCGAAACUGGAUUUUCUUCAUAUGAAUCAUUUGUUUAGCAUAUUGGCAUACAGAAACAAAAACCUAAAGUUUCAAGAAUGAUUUCAAAAUAAAGAAUUUCACAAAAGAAAACAGCACCUGCCAAACACAAAGUCACAACAGUCAAUACCGAGUAUGGCCUCCAUUUGCUUCGAUGCAGGCAGCAAUCCGUCGGCGCAUGCUUUGGACCAGGCUUCUGAUUGUGGGUUGGGAACAGCCCAUACGCCUGGCUACAUCACUGUAGCUCAAACCGGCCUCCACCAUACCCAGUGCCCGGAGACGUUGUUCAUGUGAUAGACGUGGCAUGAUGCUGUUCACUGGACUAACAAUGGUGGCCUGUUUUGGGCCUUUAUAUAGGCUUUCAAAACCCAUUCUCAAAUUGUGCAGAUACUCACUGAGUAUUGCUUGGUGUGUAUUUGGUUCACUUUUGCAAAGUGACCAACCCAUGUGCAAUGAAUCAUGACAAAAUGACAACUCAUCAUUAUCUCAACUACCAGGGCACUAGAUCAUCAGUAAAUCCACAAUGAAUAAUUACAACCCCCCUACAAGUAGAAUUCUGCGUACAUUUCUACCUCAAAGUUUCUAUUGACUGUCAGUAUACAUUGUGGCGCUACAAAAAUACAAAACAUGGAAUAAACAGACCCUGUGAACACGUAGUACAAAGACCACUGAAGGCAAGCGUGUCUGUGUUGAUUGCAAUCCUGCACUCUGCAUAGGCGGAGCGCUAUGUUAAUGGAUAUCAACGAACAACCAUAAGUCUACUUCAGCAGUCUCAUACUGAACCUCGAGAUCCCCGCGAGCCACACAUUGAACAGCACAGAGUCAAAUCAAAGCAACAUCUUAGUAGUUUGUUCUGUAAGUUUCCUGCUGCUCUCAGAAUCACCUACCAACACACAAACACAAAACCAGCCAGUUAUGGUAAGUGAUGUGUUCAUUAUUGAUUUAAAGAGCACUGCGACUCAUCUCUCUUUCAUUGAACAUGUGCAUCGGGUCUAGAAUUACUUCAUGUUUAUCAUCACCAGUGCACCAAUAGAUCCUGGGUAGGCAAUCUUUUCCUCUUAAAGCUUGAUGUUGUGAAUUAAAAUGUUGAGAUCUGCUGUUUUAGGGACACAAGACCAUUUUUUAAGCAAUGGCUGUUUAGUUCCUCACAGUAAAGAAGUGCUUCCAAUGAUUUUCUUGGUAUGAAGUCAUGCAUUUUUCUCCAAAAGUCUCUACUGGUCCUGUAGCAGAAACAAAACUACUUUUCUCAUUAUUUAUGAUAAAUCUUCAACAUCUUGUGGAUAUUAUUACUCCAUCUUUAUAUGCACAUGACAUUUCAUUUUUUUUGGUUUUGGUCAUGUGAACACUCUGAAAAUAAUUCAUUUAUAAAUACUGUGUAAAUAUGUUUAUUUAAUUGAAUUCACUAUAUAUUUUAUUUAAAUAAGGGCUGUAUGAAGCGAGUAAUUUAGGAGCACUUAUAUUUGCUGUCAGAUUUUAACAAUUUAUAUUAUUUCAUAUUGAUGAAAGAUGCAUAGAGAAGUGAAUAGUAGCUCAGUUGUGCAGUAGAGAAGUUUAAAGUCGGUUUACUGUCCUGUAUGUCACUUUAUCACACCGUGUUUUCACAUCAGUAGCAAAACACAGAGGCACAAAUGAACUCCAGAGUAGGACAAAGCAGUUGUAAAGCAGACAGGUUGUGUAAACCACUAAAAAGUUUUCUGCUGUGUAGCUACACGAUACUGACUGAUAUGAGACGCUGUGCAAAGGCAGUAGAGCAGAAUAUGAGCUCGGUUUGCAGUGAAGGAUUUGUGAGCAUGUUUUAAAGUGGAGUUUUGGUGCUGUGUGAAGAUAAAGAACUGUUAGGCUGCAAUAGAAAUAGUUUGUUUACAUCACUUUGAACUACUGCAGAGUAAUGAAUAUAUGAGAACAGAGCCAUGUUAAAUGUAUAAAUGCAACUAUGAUUGAAAGUAUUGGUGUGAAAUACAGUAUGUAGCAAAAAUGUGUAUAUACUGUAUGUACUUGUACUUCUUACUACAACAAAACAACUACUUUAUACCCAAAAUGUUGUAGAGAUGUUCUUUACAAAAGAUUGUUUAGUAACUGAUGCCACUUUUGAAGAUGAAAUAUUAAAGAUUGUAAAAUUAAAUAAGGCUUUGGUUGGACUUUUAA